AUGUUGACCUCCUCCAUCACCUCCUCCAUCACCUCUUCAUCACCUCCUCCAUCACCUCCUCCAUCAUCUCCUCCAUCAUCUCCUCCAUCACCUCCUCCUCCACCUCCUCCUCCACCUCCUCCUCCACCUCCUCCAUCACCUCCUCCAUCACCUCCUCAUCACCUCCUCCAUCACCUCCUCCAUCACCUCCUCCAUCACCUCCUCCAUCACCUCUUCAUCACCUCCUCCAUCACCUCCUCCAUCAUCUCCUCCAUCAUCUCCUCCAUCACCUCCUCCUCCACCUCCUCCUCCACCUCCUCCUCCACCUCCUCCAUCACCUCCUCCAUCACCUCCUCAUCACCUCCUCCAUCACCUCCUCCAUCACCUCCUCCUCCACCUCCUCCUCCACCUCCUCCAUCACCUCCUCAUCACCUCCUCCAUCACCUCCUCCAUCACCUCCUCCAUCACAUCCUCCAUCACCUCCUCCAUCACCUCCUCCAUCACCUCCUCCAUCCCCUCCUCAUCACCUCCUCCUCCACCUCCUCCAUCACCUCCUCCAUCACCUCCUCCAUCAUCUCCUCCAUCACCUCCUCCAUCACCUCCUCCAUCACCUCCUCCAUCACCUCCUCCAUCACCUCCUCCAUCACCUCCUCAUCACCUCCUCCAUCACCUCCUCAUCACCUCCUCCAUCACCUCCUCCAUCACCUCCUCCAUCACCGUGUGCGAUACUGGUGGGUGUUGGUUGGUGGGAUUUUUGGUUUUUGGGUUUGGGGGUGUUUUUUGUUUUAUGUGGGAGAUUUAUAUGGGUGGGGGCCUGAGGGGUGUGUUUGGUGUAUUGGGUUGGUGGGGGGGUGGGUGAUGUUUGUUUUGGGUAUUUGUUUUCGGGUGGUUGGGGGUGGGUUGUUGUGGUUUUGUGGUUUGAUUGGUGGUUUUUGUUUUUGGGGGUUAGGUAUGGGGGGUUGUAGGGUGGAUUGGUGGUUGGGGAGGUGUGGGUUUAGUAAUAUCUCCACACCGUUCAAUGGUGGGGGCACCAUGGGUGUUGGUGAUGUAAGCCGACAGGGUUGUAUGAGUGUGUACUGGGGGGGGAGUAUCCACGCAGGGAUAGGGGGAGGUUGGAGGGUUUGGUCUGAACGGCCUAUGGGGGAGGGGAGUGGGCACAAUGGGGGUGUGGGUUGGGGCUGUUUUGGUGGGGCAGUGGUUUUUGAGGGAUCGUGUGGUUAG